AUGUUAUCGUCGAUGCUGAAGGAGCAUCAAAGUCGGCAAACCGCAAAAAAGGAGUCCCAAGAAACCAAGCGUAAAGAAGCCUGUCAGGCAGCCAGUGAGCUAACUCAACACCUAGUGGACCACCUCAACGUUGGCGUGGCACAGGCCUACCUGAACCAAAAACGACUGGACGCAGAAGCAAAGCAACUUCAUGCCAGUGCAGCAGCCUUUGGUAAGCACACUCAGCAAUGGUUGCAACUGGUUGAACAGUUCAGUGGAGCUCUCAAAGAGUUGGGGGAUGUUGAGAACUGGGCCAAGACCAUUGAGGGAGAUGUACGGACCAUCACCACUGCCUUGGAAAUUGUGUACAAAGAUGCACAAGAGAACAGUGCUGCUUCUGCUGGGACCUCAUCAUGA